AAAUAAAAUAUAAUUGAUAAUUUUAAAUAAGAAUUAACAGUAAAUAGCACAUCAGAUAUACUGUUAUACAGCUAUCCUCUACAGAAGGCAGUGGCAAGACACGAAAUCGGCAACGCUAUAUUCCUAUCUUUCUCUAGGCUACUGCCAUUAUAACAUGGACCUCACUAAAACCAUCCAACAGCCAUCCUUUAACGGGAGUAACAAGGACUUAUCCAAUAUGAGCGAUUAGAUACAGUUUUGACUGCGAGAACUACUCUUCAAAUGGAGGCAGAAAAUCUAAGGCUCAACUCACACUUACGCGACUCAGGUCGAGAAGAGACUCGACUCUAGUCGAGAACAUGAGUUUCGAAAUGGCGACAUUCAGACCAUUCGGUUCUAGUCUCCGCAACGUCACCAUUUGAAAACACAUGCUCUCGACUAGAGUCGAGUCUUUUCUCGACCUGAGUCGCGUAAGUGUGAGUUGAGCCUAAAUGUAGGUAUGUCUAAACAUGCCGAAAAGAACAUCGGACUGCGCAGCCAACCGUGCAACGCGCAGAGUGCCAUGCAGCGAACCGCGCAGCGAAUUUCACAACAAUAACAUUCAGUCACAUGGCGAAUAUUUUCCAAUUUCAAUAAUCAUCUGUUUUUUUGUAAUUUUCACUUCAAAACAUCAGUUUUCGUAAGUGUCAGUGAUAUCGGAAAACAGCACUUUCCAGUUCAUUUUUUUAACAUGAUUAUAAUAUUAUCUAAUUUAGAUUCUCUAAUCAUACUUUAUUGUAUGUAUGUUCCCUAACAAUAGGGAAAGAAUGGACGAAGCUGCUAAAGACUUGCAGUACAUGAUUCAAGAAGAUGAACUUGCAAGAAAUGCAGUCGUACUGAUAUUUGCGAAUAAACAGGAUCUCCCGAAGGCUUUGACAACGUCGGAACUAAGCGACAAAUAAGGUUUCAAAGUAUAGUUUCCGUGAUAGGAUCAGAACUGCCAAAAUCAUGGGGCUAACAAUUUCAAGUGUUUUCACACGACUGUUUGGCAAGAAGCAAAUACGCAUACUUAUGGUUGGACUCGAUUCCGUCGGAAAAACUACCAUUUUGUACAAGCUAAAACUGGGCGAAAUAGUAACAACUAUUCCAACAAUAGGAUUCAACGUAGAAACAGUUGAGUACAAGAACAUAUGCUUCACUGUUUGGGAUGUCGGUGGUCAAAACAAAAUCAGACCGCUGUGGCGCCACUAUUUCCAAAAUACCCAAGGACUGAUUUUCGUUGUCGACUCCAGCGAUAGGGAAAGAAUAGACGAAGCUGCUGAAGAGUUGCAGUACAUGAUGCAAGAAUAUGAACUUAGAGAUGCAGUUUUAUUGAUCUUUGCGAAUAAACAGGAUGUCCCGAACGCUAUGACAACCAAUUUGAAAUUAAAUAUGCUGUUCAAAUAA